AGCAGUGCAAACGUCUGCUCCAAGGACUUGAAGUUAGGAUUUUUUUGGGGGGUUUUCUGUUCUAGUACUGAUUGUAUAUAAUGCUGACUGCAUGAGGCUUCUAUAAACCCCCCAAAGAGGCUUGACAUUGAGUAUUUUUAAGACAGCUGGACCUCUGGAAUCCGUCUCUUUGCUGCUUGUCGUCAUCAUCAUCCAGACAUGGGGUUGUGGAUUAUUUUCCCCAUCUGUCUUUCCCUGGUGUCCUUCAUUGGAACGUGGAGUGUAUACGGGCUAGCCUUCUCCAACAAUCAUGUGUGCGCCCUCACUGACUGGGGUAAUGGCAACUACUGCAGGGCUAAUCAUACUGAUGCUGGAUGCUGCUGGGUUCCUACAAUAAGCUCAAGUGGAACAUAUCCGCCAGAAAAUUCACUUUUUACAGCCACAAUCAACGCCGGAUCCUUCAUGUUUUUCCUGUUCUGCAUAUUCCACCAUGCCCAUAUUAUGGAGAGGCACUCAAGUCAGUCCAUGCUGAGUAAAUUUGCACUGGUCUUCGGUGUGAUUGCAGCCAUGGGGGCAUUCGCAGCCGGAAACUGCAACCCGUUUCACGUGUCACUCCUCCACUACCUCGGGGCUGCCAUCAGUUUCAUGUGCGCGUGCUUCUACACGGCCAUUCUCACCGUGCUGACAGGGAAGUGCGCCCUAUCUGGAUAUGAAAAGGUUCUCUACCCACUGCGAAUCAUCUCCACUGUGAUUCAAGUAAUUGUGACCGUCAUCUAUACUGUCUUGUUCGCUCAGAGCAAGUACUUCUACAUCCAUCUGUCUGCUGUCUUUGAGUGGAUGCUGAGUAUGAACCUGGAGCUGUUUGAGCUCAGCUACGCCGUGGAAUUUUUCUUCUUCUCGUCCUAUAUGCUCUCGAAUCUGUUGAACAAACAAGAUGAGGUAAAGCCUUUGAUUAUGACGAUGUCCUGAUAUAAGGCUGCCAGGAUCCAGCUGAACAAUGCAGAAAGUGAGGAUGCUGCAAGAAGGACAUCUGUUACUACAGUGGCUGGAUCGUGGCUGAAGGACCAAUAGUGUUUUGUUUUUUCCUUUUCUUGGAUGGAUUGGAUUGGAUGGUCUUCUUUACUAAUUUUUUCCAUAUUUAUUGAACCAAACGAACAAACAUACCAGCUGGAUUGUAUCUCACGCAGAUGCCCCAUCUACAGAACAGCUUAUUUUUGUUGUGCAAUCAUUUUUGUAAUGAAAAAUUUGUAAAAAAACAAAACAAAACAAAAAAAAAACCGCUCACAGAUCAAGUUUUGUGUUAGGUAACAGCUCUUCCAUAACCCUUUGGGAUGUAUUACUUUCACACAAGGAAGUCAUGCCACUGUGCUGAUAAACAUAUCUGUGUUUGGAGCUAAAAGGGUGGAGGACUUUUAUUUACACCCUUUUAAACAAUAAAAGUCUCCAUGACGCUAUAAGAUCCUGUUUGACUGGAUGAUUAACUUGAACGACAGUAAAAAAAUAAUAGGCGUCAUCAGCCGCAGCUGGUCUAGCGAUAGACCAAUGGACAUUACAAGCAAUCUUGGCUACAUACACUUAAGGUGAUGUUGUCAGUACCCUUUCCAUUCCAGAGAUUUUCACUGUGGUCUGUGUGCUUUAGAGGAAAAGCCGGAGUAGUGAUUUAUAAAUUGUAAAGUUAAAAAGGAAAGAAUAGUUUCAUGCCUCUGUGUCCCACAUUAAUACAGUAUUUUGAACCAGUUUGUUUGCUUCACAUUUAUGCAUCUGUGGCUUCUAUUGUUUUAUUCCACUCUUGAUCAGUUGCCAGCACAUAGUUGGAAAAUGUUGACCCAGACACUGAUGAGCAUCGAAACAUUUACAGGUGUAUAGUUGAAUCGUCACUUUUCAAAGUUUAUAAAGUAGCUAAAAGGUAUUUUGAAAAUUUUCUGACCAGACAUGUUAACAAUGCUGAGAGGUAUUCUGACAUUUUUCUA